AUGACUAUUCCGGAAGAAUGCACUGUUCUAGUCGUCGGCGGGGGCCCUGCAGGGUCCUACGCCUCGUCUGUGUUGGCACGAGAGGGUAUUCGCACUGUAAUGCUUGAGGCAGACACCUUUCCUCGGUAUCAUAUCGGAGAGAGCAUGCUCCCUUCGAUGCGCCACUUUCUGCAAUUCAUCGAUCUCGACGAGAAGUUUAAUCAGCACGGGUUUAGAAUAAAGAAUGGAGCAUUUUUUAAAAUCAACUCGAAGCCGGCAGCAUAUACCGACUUCGUUGCGUCCGGUGGCCCCGGCACUCACUCAUGGAACAUCGUGCGAUCUGAGGCAGACCAGAUUCUUUUUGAUCACGCUCGAGAAAGUGGUGCGACGGCCUUCGAUGGUGUCAAAGUCACGGAAAUUCAAUUCGCCCCACAUCCGUCUAGCGAGCUAGGGAAGCCGGUGUCGGCCUCGUGGUCGAGAAAGGAUGGCAGCACGGGGUCCAUCCGGUUCGAAUAUCUUCUCGAUGCGAGUGGACGAGCAGGUCUGGUCAGUACCAAGUAUAUGAAGAACAGGCGCUUUAAUCAGGGCCUGAAGAACACAGCCACCUGGGGCUACUGGGAAGGCGCGGGCGUCCAUGCAGUUGGGACGACGCGGGAGGGAGACCCGUACUUCGAGGCGAUCGCCGACGGCAGUGGCUGGGUUUGGACCAUUGCGCUGCAUAACGGAACGACCUCCGUCGGCGUGGUCAUGAACCAGGCCAAAUACACCGAGCGCAAAAAACAGAACAGCUCGCUCUGCACCAGCGAUCUAUACAAUCAGAUUAUUCAGGAAGCACCGGUCACUCGAGACCUACUGGCCAAAGCACGCCUUAUCUCGGACCUUAGAUCCGUCUCGGACUGGUCGUACAGCGCGUCGGCAUACGCCAGUCCAUACUUACGAAUAGCCGGCGAUGCAGGCUGCUUUAUCGACCCCUUCUUCUCGUCAGGCGUGCAUUUGGCCAUGGCGAGUGGUCUUUCUGCCGCUGUGACCAUCUGCGCUUCUCUUCGAGGUGACUGCGACGAAGAAGCUGCGGCUAGCUGGCAUACCGACAAGGUCUCUGAGGGAUAUACUCGAUUCCUGUUGGUUGUCCUGAGUGUUCUUAAGCAGAUCGAGAACCGAGAGGAGCCCGUGAUUAAUGACUGGGACGAGAAGAGCUUCGAUCGCGCUUUUUCUAUGUUCAGGCCUAUCAUUCAAGGCACGGUCAAAGACAGCAACAGCAAACUCACACAGUUCGAACUUGCACGUACGGUGGAUUUCUGUGCUCAUGCAUUCUCGGAUCCCAAAAUCCCGCAACAAGUCUCGCUCUUGAAAAAGCUCCGUGGACUGAUCAGCCAAGGCGAGAAUGCUGACGCCCUUCAAAAGUCGCUGUCUCCCGAGGAGCUGGAGACACUGAAUGGAAUUCGUUCAAGGCAGAUGAUCCGCAUGGAGGAUGUCUUGCGGAUUGAUAAUUUCGGCCACGACGUGAUCGAUGGGAUGAAGCCGAACCUCAAACGGGGUGCUUUGGGACUUAGGAAGGAUGUAAAGGACGAUGGCGAGGGGAAUUCCAACCCAAUGGCUGUGUUGGGGCUGGAGGACAGGCCCCAUGGGAUGCAGUUAUUAUUCUAA